AUGGAUCUAGAAGAACCCCAAGACUCAGAGAGUUCAGAAAAAUCAGAACCUUUCUCACAGCAAGAAGAAGAAGAGGAGGAAGAGGAGGAAGAGGAGGAGGAAGAAAAGACAGGCUUUCUUAAUCCUCUCUUACAACCUGUUCUCACAGGGGAUGUAGAAGGUUUGCAGAAGAUUUUUGAGGAUCCAGAGAACCCUCUCUAUGACCAGGCUAUACAGCUCCUCUUGGAAAAAGACAUUGUUGGAAGAAAUUUGUUGUAUGCAGCUUGCAUGGCUGGGCAGAGUGAAGUGAUUAGAGUUUUGGCAAAAUAUGGCGCGGAUCUGAAUGACAACACAGCCAGAGGUUAUACACCCUUACACUGUGCUGCCGCCUGGGGUCAUCUGGAAAUAUUGAAAGUGCUUGUGGUGGAACUGGAUGUUGAUAUAGAAGCUCUGAACUUCCGGCAAGAGCUAGCUCGAGACGUUGCUGCUCGGUAUUCCCAGACCGAGUGCGUUGAAUUCCUGGACUGGGCAGCUGCAAGGCUGGCUCUGAAAAGAUACAUCGCAAAGGUCUCUGCCACUCUUACAGAAUCAGAAAAGGGACCAGGGAGACUCUUCAAAGAAGACAAGAAUAACAUCCUCACUGCAUGCCGUAUAAGAAGUGAGUGGUUGGAAACCCAAUUGGAAGCUUCGAUCGAUGAGAUUUUUGAGCAGAAACAACAAUUGGAAGAUAUUGUGACUCCUAUCUUCACAAAAAUGGCCACACCACGUCAAGUGAGAAGUGCCAAAUCUGUAUCCUAA